AUGUCACAAGUUAUCAAUACUCUCAUGCAGCUGGGCACGGAGUGUCAGAGGAACGGUUUCCAAGGCCCAACAUGCGGACCAAGACCCACGAAUAAACAGUAUCGUCAGUGGACAGAACAACAACUGCGUGCUAGUGAGGGAAUGGUCUGCCUCCAGUCGGGAACCAACAAGUUUGCCUCACAGAAAGGCAUGACCUUUGGUGGCGUUCGUCAUGCUGCCGAUAUCAAGGCUGAUGACAUUAGCCUCGAAAGUCAGGGCAUCUGCAGUCUCCAAAUGGGAACCAAUAAGUUUGCUUCACAGAAGGGUAUGUCGUUCGGUUCGGUGCGCCACGUGGCGGACAUUCGUUGUGAUGAUGUUACGAAGGAAGGCCAGGGCGUCAUCACUCUCCAAAUGGGCACCAAUCAAUGUGCGUCUCAAAAGGGUAUGUCGAUGGGUGGAGUGCGUCACGGCGCAGACAUCCGCUGCGACAACAUGUCCCGCGAGGGCCAAUCGACCAUCACUCUGCAGUACGGUACAAACAAAUUUGCCACCCAAUCGGGUAUGACGUCGAUCGGUGCGGUUCGUCACAUCGCGGACAUUCGUGUCGGUGCCAUGUCCGCUGAAGGCGCUUCACACUUAGGUCUGCAGAUGGGCCCAGGGGCGAAACAGGUUGCUACUCAGUCUGGUAUGACCUCGUUCGGCGCUAUCCGUCACAUCAAUGACUCGCAUUGA